UUCUCAUAUAAUUACAAAGAUUGCCCUCCUUAGCCAGUAAGCAGAAUGUGUCUCGUCGAUACCCCCCAGUCCAACACCCCCCGCCGCACCAACCCCUCCCUCCCUUUUCCACAGCACAGUUCCUCUGGCACACUUGCUGGGCGAUGGUGGCUGCGAGGGGUUUUAUUUUCGGUUUUUUGCAUGGUUUAUACCACUUUUUGCGCCAAAGAAAAUCUUAUUUUUUCCUUUCCUGAAGACGCUAAAAAGGGCCCGGUCGGGGAACGGGGAGGGAGGUGGUUGGCGACAGGGGUGCAUCGGGUCUCCUGCACCCACCCGCCGUUCCCACCAAAUACAGGCUCUCGCUUAGGAAGGAACAAGCGAUAUCUAACAAAAAUUAUUCAUAUAAAGUUGAGGACCCAGCAGACAACUGGGGAUCGGACAAGCUUCAGAGCGCUGUUUCACAAUAUUUUCUCCUGUUUCCAUUCCUCCUCUACCCUCCUGUGCGAGCCAAUUUUUAUUGCAGCCCAGUUGCACCAUAGCCACCCCUAUAUACAUAUUCCCACCGCCAUCACCACCACACCCUGACAUCGGUGUCUUGAACCCACCUCUUGCCAGCCUGCUGCUAUUCCAUCCUAUUUGUUUUAUCCCAAUUUUUAGAGUGCGAGCACCAGCUGCCUCCAUCUUACCGCUAUACACUUUUACCCCCCUAUUAUAC